AAAAGAAAAAAGGAAAAGAGGAUCAGUAUUUUCUUCUAACAGUAGUCACUAUAUAACAUGAUCCGAAGUGUCAUUCAUGAGCAAAUAUAUAUUUUUGCAUAUUACAUUUGCAUCCAUUCAUUCACACAGAAAAAGAAGAAAAACAGAAUGGCUGAGCCCAGGUUUCCUCCUCCUGAAACUCUGAAGAUAGCAUUGCUGUGCCUUCUCCUCCCCUUGUUCUCACCAGCCACAGCAUCCAUCCCUUCUGCUGCAUCGACGUCGUCGGACCGGAGCUGCAUCGCCGAUGAGAGGGCCGCACUUCUCGCCAUAAAGGCAACCUUCUUCGACCCGAACAGCCGCCUCGCAUCAUGGCAGGGCGAGGAUUGUUGCAGCUGGUGGGGUGUCAGGUGCAGCAACAGAACCGGCCAUGUCAUCAAGCUGAGACUCCGUGGGAACACAGACGACUGUCUCAGCUUCUAUGGAGACAAACUCAGAGGUGAGAUGAGCUACUCUUUGGUCAGUUUGCAGAAAUUGAGGUAUCUAGACUUGAGUUGCAACAACUUCAAUUGGUCACAGAUACCGGUAUUUCUUGGUUCUCUUCCAAGCCUUAGAUAUCUCAACCUUUCAUAUGGUUUCUUCUAUGGAAGUGUACCCCCCCAGCUUGGCAACCUCUCCAAACUUGCCUACCUUGAUCUGACCUCUUAUUCAUACAACCAGCUAUACUCGGUUGCCCUUUCAUGGCUGUCACACCUAUCCUCACUGAAGCAUCUGGUCAUGAACCAUGUGAACCUUACCACUGCAGUAGAUUGGGUUGAUGAAAUCAACAUGCUUCCUGCUCUGAAAGUACUCUACCUGAAACAGUGUGGGCUGAGGAAAACAGUUCCUUUCCUUCGUCGGUCCAAUAUCACGGGGCUCGAAGUGCUUGACAUCUCGGGAAAUAGAUUUCACACCAAGAUUGCUCCUAACUGGUUUUGGAAUAUAACUAGUCUCUCUGCUCUUGAUAUCCGAUCGUGUGGUUUCUUUGGCUCAAUUCCAGACGAAAUAGGCAGGAUGGCCUCUCUUGAAGAAGUCUAUUUCCAAGGGAACAAUCUCAUGUCAACCAUGAUACCCUCAAGUUUCAAAAAUCUAUGCAACCUGAAGGUGCUGGAUCUACGAAGUACCAAUACUACAGGGGAUAUCAGAGAAUUGAUAGAAAAGUUGCCAAACUGUCACUGGAACAAGCUGCAACAGUUGGGUUUAUCUUAUAAUAAUAUUGGUGGAACCCUGCCAAAUUGGUCAGAACCUCUGGCCAACUUAACUGUCUUGCUUCUCUCCAAUACUAACAUCUCAGGAGCUAUGCCAUCGUCGAUAUGGGCUCUCACAAAACUGAACAUUUUGGAUCUUUGUUCCAAUAAGCUCAAUGGCACAGUCAGGGAAGAUCAAUUAGGAAACCUUACAAAUCUAGUGUACUUAGGGUUGGGCAAUACACAUCUACAGAUUAAAGCCAGCUCAGAUUGGAUUCCUCCAUUCAAACUGCAGGUAGUUCUCUUCUAUUCUUUGCAGCUAGGGUCAGAAGUCCCACCAUGGCUUAGAUCACAAACAAGCAUUCAACACCUUCAAAUUGCAAACACAAGCAUUACUACAAUCCCAGAUUGGUUUUGGAUUGUGUUUUCAAGAGCAGAUUUUUUGGAUGUGGCAUAUAAUCAGAUAACGGGAACGCUACCAGCAACGUUGGAGUUUAUGGCAGCAAAAACCAUGGAUCUGUCCAACAACAGAUUUACUGGUAUGGUUCCAAAAUUUCCAAUAAAUGUAACAUACAUGUACUUGCAACGGAACUCAUUAUCAGGACCACUGCCAUCAGAUUUCGGAGCCCCGUUGUUACAGUCACUUACUCUCUAUGGCAAUUUAAUAUCAGGCACCAUUCCAUCUUCACUGUUCUCACUGGAACACUUGGAAAUAUUAGAUCUAUCUGGAAAUAAACUUAGUGGCGAAGUUCCAACUUAUCAAGAAGAUUCAAAUCCACGCACACGACAACUCAUUGUCGUAAACUUAAAUAGUAACAACCUCUCUGGAGAAUUCCCAUUGAUUUUCAGAAGUUGCCCGCGCCUAGUUUUUCUUGAUCUAUCCUAUAAUCAGUUUUCUGGAAAUUUACCACUGUGGAUGGGAAAGAAGUUUCUGCCAAUUUUAUCAUUGUUGCGUCUACGGUCAAAUAUGUUUUCGGGACACAUUCCCACAGAACUUACAAGGAUUGAUCAAUUACAGUUCUUAGACCUCGCUGAAAACUACUUCUCUGGAAGCAUACCUGACUCUUUGGUUAACUUGAGUGCAAUGGCUCGCACAUCUGGAUACAGUGUUCUUCUAGAUGAAGUCAUCGCAACUGGUCAAGGUGCAAUGUAAGAUAUAAAUUAUUUCUAUGAACUGGUAUCAGUUCAAACAAAAGGGCAGCAACUUGAAUUUUCAAGAGGAAUUUCACGUGUGGUGAACCUCGACUUGUCGAAGAACAAGUUUACUGGAGCAAUCCCUUGAGGCAUUGGUGCUCUUGUUGCACUAAAAAGUUUGAACUUUUCUUGGAACCUCAUAAAUGGGGAAAUCCCGGAGA